AUGCCAGAUGGCCAGUCCCUGUCCUGCCCCUGGGUGAUGCUCGGUGGCCAAGCUGUGUGUGCUCUGAGUCUUGGGACGGUGUCUGGCUCUUCUGACUCAGCAGUGGGCGUCAGGAACCUCUCCAAAGCUUAUGAGGAGGCUGCCCCCCUGUGCCAGAGAGAGGAGUUGAGGCUGAGCAGCUGUCUUGUGGACCGCCUCCGAUGCUACUAUAAGAGAGACUGUGGCGGCCAGUACAUGUUGAUGAAACUCAUAUGCUCAGUGAGCUCUAAUCGGAGCUUGACUGGCCACCAUGACUACCCGGAGUGUGGAGACGGUGGUGGGUCGGAGUCAAACAGCCUGCUGGUGUCCCCGCUGGUGGUGGCCGGUAUUGUCAUCGGCCUCGUGCUGCUGCUCUCCUGUGUCACCAUCAUCGUGGGCAGCCUGCGCAAGGACAGCCGCCUCCGCAACCCGCACCUGCGCGCCAGCUACGCGCCUGAUGGUUUCUCAUACGGUGGCUCUAUUGGAGAGCUGAGGUCUACCUGUAUUGAGGACUUUCCUCCUGCGUUUGACUUUGACUCCUACGUGGAGACGCUCUCACAGGUCAACGCCAUGUACCCAGACUCACCGCCAUGUUAUGACGAAUGUGUGGGCCCCGGUGCCACUCAGAUAUACGUCCCCACAGACGACCCUCCACCCUACUCUGUGACGGACCCCUGCCAGGGCAGAGGGGACGAGGGGACCCUACAGCGCCAAGGGGGAGGCGGAGCGUCCUGGGUGGCAGCGGGUGGGGCUUCCCACAACCCCACUGACGGACUGUACCAGCAGCAGCCAAUCGCGUCCAUCUCCCUGACGGCCCUGCCAAUGGAGGAGGCCCCUCCAUAUGAGGCAGUGGUGGGAGGGGGCGGGACCGGCCAAACCAACCAGCCAAUCCCGCUCAUCCCCAUGGAUCUGCUGAAGCACUCUGGGGAGGAGAGCAGAGACAGCCCGCAGCACACGCCCGCCUCCCACAGAAUCCUCUAG